AUGGGCGCAAUGCUUGUGUGUUUUGGCGCUUAUGAGCCAGAUUUGAGUGACAUCCGACAACGACUUUUAAACGGGGAUUCGCUACUCGACCGAUUUCAGAAAGCAUGGAGUUGUGGACGCCUCGACGAUUGUGAUGACUCGAAUGCGUUUCUGCUACAGUCCGAUGAAACGACUGCCUCCUCGGGGAGUCGCUUGCUUUCAGCAUUCUACAGUCGCCUAGUGGAAGAGAACGAUGACUGCGCCUUCUACAUCGAUAGCAGAGGCAUACGACUGAGAGAAGCGUACUUGGAUCAGGUGGAAGUACUGGAAAACUACUUUAUGCCUGUGGACCACAAGCGGAUUCUUUCGAAAGCGUUUGGAUCAUCUCUAAUUCAGUCAUUGGAAAGUUACAGCUGUAGCGAAGACUGCCUCUCCACUACUUCCACAAUGACAAGUGAAUUCGACAACUGGCUAUCUGUAGACUGGUCUUAUGAGUGCAAUCUGCAUUCGCGACCAUUUUCCGAGCGUUGCCUCAGCUUAAACUCUGUCAAUUCAGCAAAAAAGCUGCACCGAUCAUACACUGGUCUGCAUAAACAAGAGGAUUCGUGCCUUUCCAAUUACCGACCAGUCUGGAACACUUCACGCUCCAAAUUAGCCCAAGUUUCACCCCUCCCGCCGUUCGGGGAACAUACAAUUGCUGCAAGCUAG